GCUUCUUUCAACAGCAACAACAGUUAAUCAGACACCUCGGUAGCUUGCUAGCCUAAAUAGCCGAACUAACAAAGCUCUUUAGACGCUUUAGUGUAUAUUAGCCACUGUGUUUUAAACCCACUUCUGUUGUCUAGUUAGUUAUCCGAUUUUAUUUCAUAUUUACGGCGUUGUUGUAAUUAGUCAGUUAGCAUUAGCCUAGCUAGCUAACAUCUCCGACCAUGAGCUCACUAAGCUACUCUCCUCCUGCUAAAGAAGAGGGGGUCUGCUGGACGGAGAAAGAAGCUCUCGUGAAAGAGGAGGUGGAAGAGGAGGCUGUUACAAUACAAAAACAAGUAGAGGGUGAGGCUGUUACCGUGAAAGAAGAAGAUAAAGACGUUUCAGUGAAAGAAGAGGAAGACGCGUUUAGAGUGAAAGAGGGUGAGGCUGUUACCGUGAAAGAAGAGGAGAUUUACGUUUCCGUUAAAGAAGAGAAAGAGGUUUCAGUGAAAGAAGAGGAAGACGCAUUGAGAGUGAAAAAGGAGGAGGAUGCUGUUUUUGAAGUGAAAGAGGAGGAGGGGGAGAUUACUGUCACAUUGGAAGAAGAAGAGGAUGAAGAGGAGGAAACUGGAUAUCUAGGCCCGGUUUCCCAAACGCAUCUUAAGGCAUCCAAUGGUUCUAAUGAUGAACUUAGCCAUAAGAUGCUAUUGGGACACCGGGCCCUGAUUAAUACUAGAGAGAGACAUGAUUAUCAUGGAUCCUCUGGGGAACCUCAACAUCAUGAAGCAGAAAAAAGCCUCUCCAGAUCAGAACACCCCAAGAAACACCAGCAGAGACCCACAGGGAAGAGAACUCACUGCUGCUCUGACUGUGGAAAGAGUUUUGUUUCUUCAGGAUGUUUAGAAUCACACCAGAGAACACACACAGGAGAGAAACCUUAUAGCUGUGAUCAAUGUGGGAAGAGAUAUGUUACAUCUAGCGGUCUGACUAAACACAAGAGAACGCACACAGGAGAGAAACCAUAUAACUGUAACCAAUGUGGGAAGAGUUUUACUCAGUCAUCCAGUCUGAUAUUACACCAGAGAACACACACAGGAGAGGAACCUUAUAGCUGUAUUCAAUGUGGGAAGAGUUUUACUCAGUCAUUCAGCCUGAUAUUACACCAGAGAACACACACAGGAGAGAAAUCUUAUAUCUGUGCGCAAUGUGGGAAGAGAUUCGCCUCCUCAGCAGACAUUAAAAUUCACCAGAAAAUCCACACAGGAGAGAGACCUUUUAGCUGCUCUGACUGUGGAAAGAGUUUUGUUCGCUCAGGACAAUUAAAAUCACACCAGAGAACACACACAGGAGAGAAACCUUAUAGCUGUGAUCAAUGUGGGAAAGGUUUUACUCAGUCAGGCAACCUGGUAUCACACCAGAGAAGACACACAGGAAAUAAACCUUAUAGCUGUGAAGAAUGUGUAAAGAGUUUUACUACAUCUAGCAAUCUGAUUGUUCACCAGCAGACACACAUAGGAGAGAAAUCUCAUAGCUGUGAUCAAUGUGACAAGAGAUACUCUAAUAAAAGAUCUCUGAUCAAACAUCAGAAAAUACAUACAUGAAGGAGUUGUUUCAUGAUAUCAAUGAAAUAUUGUCACACUGUAGAAUGUUUUAAAUGUGUAGAAGGAGUAUUUUAAUGAUGUCACAAUGUCGUCCCCUGUUCAAUUGAUUUCAGCAUGAUAUGGAUAUUAGCCUCAGGGGAAAAAUCCAGGCUCUGAAUUGAAAGAGUACUAUUUAUGUGAUUUAACACAAAACGUGACUAACAAAAAGUGUUGUUAAACUUAACAGUGUUGCGUUCCUUUGUUUAGCGACCCCUACAUUGAAAGGCAUCACUCCAAAAUGUAGCUGACUGUCUUUUGCAGGUUGUCCUCUAACCAGUGAGGUAAAGGAUAUCUCCCAUUUCCAUGUGUUUUUUUUAGUUGUGUUCAUUUCAACAGCACAUACAACCUGAUUUCCCCCCUAAUCGAUAUCAGUGAUUUAUUGCUACUUGUCAAAACAUAAGCAUUUCUGGUGCAGUUUACAAGGUGCUUGUUUUAAAAAAUACAAGUAAUAUGAUUAUUGUGGCAGAUGUUUGUGUAUAUAGCCCAUUUUAUGUUUAGGUUUUCAAUUUAUCCCAAACUGUUUCUACAUAUUGGUUAUUGAUUUGGAAACUUGUAAAAAAAUAUAUAUACACUGCUCAAAAAAAUAAAGGGAACACUUAAACAACACAAUGUAACUCCAAGUCAAUCACACUUCUGUGAAAUCAAACUGUCCACUUAGGAAGCAACACUGAUUGACAAUAGAUUUUACAUGCUGUUGUGCAAAUGGAAUAGACAAAAGGUGGAAAUUAUAGGCAAUUAGCAAGACACCCCCAAUAAAGGAGUGGUUCUGCAGGUGGUGACCACAGACCACUUCUCAGUUCCUAUGCUUCCUGGCUGAUGUUUUGGUCACUUUUGAAUACUGCCGGUGCUUUCACUCUAGUGGUAGCAUGAGACGGAGUCUACAACCCACACAAGUGGCUCAGGUAGUGCAGCUCAUCCAGGAUGGCACAUCAAUGCGAGCUGUGGCAAAAAGGUUUGCUGUGUCUGUCAGCGUAGUAUCCAGAGCAUGGAGGCGCUACCAGGAGACAGGCCAGUACAUCAGGAGAUGCGGAGGAGGUCGUAGGAGGGCAACAACCCAGCAGCAGGCCCGCUACCUCCGCCUUUGUGCAAGGAGGUGCACUGCCAGAGCCCUGCAAAAUGACCUCCAGCAGGCCACAAACGUGCAUAAUAAAUUGGUCUAUAAUCAAUUUUAUUAACAAUCUUACAUCAGUCCAGUAUUUCUUUACAACAUCCAAGUGCUAAUUGUCUUUAUUCUAUUACUGAAGAAGCAGGACUGAAAUCACCUCAUAUUUCAAACAUUCAGCAUGACAAAAGAUACACGUUUUAUUAUUCCAUGCAUCACCAUUAAGUUAAUUAUUGCCAAUACAUUUUAACAAAGGGGUGUACAUUUGGUUUUGAUAUUUCAUCUUUACAAGUCAUGUAACAUUUAGUAAUCAUAAUUAUUUCUGCAACCAACUGACAAUUUUUGGGUACUAUUAUAUUGACGUUGUUGCCCUGCUUUUAGAAUAUCAGGGUUCAUUCUCAGAUGUGCCAACCCAAAUGUACUAGAGCAUGACAUUGGGGACUGGGCCCCGAUCCAACAACAUGCCUAUCGAGUGAACCCUGAAAAGGGAGAGAAGCUCCGCAGUGAGGUGGAACGUUACUAUGGAUAUUGCAGGAGUUGGUUGCUGAUUGUCUCAAGGGUGGGCAGUCAACACGUUUUGCGUUUAGCCAGUGCGUUGCCAUUGAUCCCAAUUUAGUUUGACUGCACGUUUUUCUGCAUUGGAGAUUAGUUUUGUUUGGGCUCGUUUCAAGGGGACAAGAGUCCUAGAAGCUAGUGAGUUUUAGGAAGACGGGAAUUCUAGAAGAUAGUGGGGGGGGAUAUAUUUGUUGUCUUUGGUUUUUCCAUUUAUGUUUUUAGGUUGGUCUUUAGCACGUAUAGCUCAUUAGCACGUAGGGCUCACUGAUUGGUGUCACCUCUUUAGUUAGUAUGUGUUACACCUGUACUGGCUUGUCCAUCUUGUUAGUGGGAAGGUGUUUCACCUGAGCUGGUCCAGGUUCUAUUUAAGAGUGUCUGGCCCAGUGCUCCAGUUGUCUUGAUCAAUGUGGAGAGUCAACACCUUUAGUUGCUCCAC